CUAGCUAGUACUACCUACUUUCUCUUUACCUUACCUCGGUAAAGUGGUACUAUAUUGCAAUCUGUUAUAUUCAGACGAAAUCGCAGGAUAAUUCGACAUUAAAAUUAGAAAAUUUGUGUUGAAAAUUCGCACGUUCGACUGAUAUAUUUCGAGAAAUUUUGUGAAUUUACUAUGUGAAACUAAUUUGUGCGCGAGAUAAACCGUUUAAAUUUCUUUGUGGUAGGUAAGGAAUUUCAAGUGAUUAUGAUAAUACAUUCGAACAGCUGAUGAAGUGUGAAAAAAAGUGUCUAGAAGAUGAAUUACUUUAUUAUUUUGUUCUUUGUUUUUAUGGUUUAUCAUUCAGAUCAACUUUUAAGUAAAACAGAAAAGCAAAGGCAUGAUGGAUGGUUCAAUAACUUAGCCCACCCUGAUUGGGGAUCUGUAGAUAGCCAUCUCAUAAGAAGAGCACCAGCCGCGUAUUCGGAUGGUGUGUAUAUGAUCUCAGGUCAAAACAGGCCCAGUCCCAGGAAACUUAGCAGGCUCUUUAUGAAAGGUACCGACGGUUUAAGCUCCAUGAAGAACAGGACCGCACUUUUGGCUUUUUUCGGUCAACUAGUCACUUCGGAAAUUGUCAUGGCAAGUGAAAGCGGAUGUCCUAUCGAGAUGCAUCACAUCGAAAUAGAAAAAUGCGAUGAAAUGUACGACAAGGAGUGUACAGGAAAUAAAUACAUUCCGUUUCAUAGGGCUAGUUAUGAUAGCAAAACGGGACAAAGUCCUAAUAGUCCUAGGGAGCAGUUAAACCAAGUUACAAGUUGGAUAGAUGGGAGUUUUAUCUAUAGUACCAGCGAACCGUGGGUAAAUACAAUGCGUUCAUUCGAAAAUGGUUCCUUUUUGACUGAUGCAACAGGCAAAAUGCCUAUUUUAAACUAUAUGAGAGUUCCUCUCUUCAACUACCCAGUACCACAUAUGAUGAAGACUUUUAGUACCGAAAGACUGUUUUUACUUGGAGAUGCACGCACAAAUCAAAACCCUGCACUGUUAACCAUUAGUGUUCUCUUCUUCCGAUGGCACAAUGUCGUUGCUUCAAGAAUAAAGAAGCACAAUCCAGACUGGAGCGACGAAGAUAUUUUCCAGAAAGCCAGGAGAAUAGUCAUCGCAACCCUGCAAAAUAUCAUAGUGUACGAAUACCUACCAGCUUUUUUAGAAGAAGAAAUUCCACCAUACAACGGGUAUAAUCCUGACAUUCAUCCAGGAAUAACCCACGUGUUCCAGAGUGCAGCAUUUCGGUUUGGUCACUCACUGAUCCCUCCGGGAUUAUACAGAAGGGAUUCCAGAUGUAAUUUUAAGAAAACUCCCAUGGGAGAUAUUGCACUGAGGCUGUGUUCUACUUGGUGGGAUUCCAAUGAAGUUUUAACCAAUAAUUCUAUUGAGGAGCUUUUAAUGGGUAUGACAUCUCAGCUAGCUGAACGUGAAGAUUCUCUUCUAUGUUCAGACGUAAGAGAUAAGCUUUUUGGUCCCAUGGAGUUUUCGAGAAGAGAUUUAGGUGCUAUUAACAUUAUGCGAGGUAGAGAUAAUGGGCUUCCAGAUUACAACACUGUACGAGCUGCUUAUGGAUUAGAAAAAAUUAGAAAUUGGACAGACAUUAACAAAAAGCUGUUUGAAGAAAGGCCCGAAAUUCUCAGAAUGUUGGUGUCUUCUUAUGAUAAUAACAUUGAUGAUAUUGAUGUAUAUAUUGGGGGAAUGUUAGAAAGCUAUGGAAAACCAGGUGAACUGUUUACAAAGGUCAUUAAUGAACAAUUUACUCGCAUUAGGGAUGCCGAUAGAUUUUGGUUUGAAAAUGAACAAAAUGGGAUAUUUAGCAAGCAAGAAAUAGAAGAGAUAAAAAAAAUUACUUUGUAUGACGUUAUUAUAAAUAGCACCAGUGUUAAAACAACGGCCAUUCAAAAAAAUGUAUUUUAUUGGAUGCAUGGUGACCCCUGUCCUCAGCCAAUGCAACUAAACAAUUCUUUAAUGGAACCCUGCAAAGUUAUUACUGGAUAUGAUUAUUUUGAGGGAAAUGAGCUGGUGUACAUCUAUGCCUGCCUGUUUUUAGGCUUCGUACCCAUACUUUGCGCCAGCGCUGGUUAUGGAGUAGUUAAAUUACAAAACAGAAAAAGAAGGCGCCUUAGAAUUAAGCAAGAAGAACUGAGAAACGGCGAUCUUAAACUACCGGUGGAUACAAUGAUAGUUACAGAGUGGCUUCACGCCAACCAUAAAAGGGCGGUCAAAGUCAAAUUUGGACCUGACGUUGCAAUACACGUCUUAGAAAGAAAAGGUGAAAAACUAAGAACUAUAAAUUUAAAAAAUGUGGAUACAGUUGUAGUCGAAGAAUCAUUAAAUGUAACAUCCAUCAAAAAACCAAUACUUUUGCUUCACGUUCCAAGAGAUUACGAUUUGGUUUUGGAAUUGGAUUCUUUAGCUUCCAAGAAGAAAUUCAUGCAUAAGUUGGAAGUGUUUUUGAAUUCCAACAAGAAAAAUUUAUUUUCAACACCGAUUGUACGAGAAUUACUAUUAGCCAAAGCUGAAACCCGACAAAGACGUGAAAGAAAAUUGGAACACUUUUUUAGGGAAGCGUAUGCUUUAACGUUUGGUCUAAAGCCUGGAGAAAAGAGACGCAGAUCGUACACAAACGCAGAUGGUGAGGUAGUAACGGUCAUGAGAACAUCUUUAACCAAAGCUGAAUUUGCGAGUGCUCUUGGUAUGAAAGCAGAAGCUGUUUUUGUCACUAAAAUGUUCAAUAUUGUUGACAAGGAUAAAGAUGGCCGAAUUUCGUUUCAGGAAUUUUUGGACACAGUGGUACUUUUCUCGAGAGGAGCUACAGAAGAUAAAUUACGUAUUAUUUUCGAUAUGUGCGAUAACGAUAGGAACGGUGAAAUAGACAAAAAGGAGCUGUCAGAAAUGUUAAGAUCUUUGGUGGAAAUUGCCAGAACAACUAGCCUAUCAGAUGAUCAUGUGACUCAACUUAUAGAUGGAAUGUUCCAGGAUGCUGGUUUGGAAUAUAAUAACUACUUGACCUAUGAUGACUUUAAAGUACUGAUGCAAGAAUAUAAGGGCGAUUUCAUAGCCAUCGGUUUGGAUUGUAAGGGUGCUAAACAAAAUUUCUUAGAUAUGUCAACUAAUGUAGCUAGAAUGACCAGUUUUCAGAUAGAACCUAGCUUAGAAGAUAAGAAAAAAUUUUUGAGGUUGAAAUGGGACACACUAGUCACUUUCUUGGAGGAAAAUAGACAGAAUAUAUUUUAUUUAUUUUUGUUUUAUGUUGUUACAAUUUUGCUAUUUGUGGAAAGGUUCAUACAUUAUUCAUUUAUGACAGAACACACUGAUCUCAGACAUAUUAUGGGCGUAGGAAUAGCCAUUACAAGAGGAUCUGCUGCAUCACUCUCAUUCUGUUACAGCAUCUUACUUUUAACAAUGUCUAGAAAUGUAAUAACAAAAUUAAAAGAUUUCUCUAUACAACAAUACAUACCCCUAGACGCUAAUAUCCAAUUUCACAAAAUAGCCGCUUGUACGGCCUUGUUUUUUUCACUUUUACACACAGUUGGACAUAUCGUUAACUUUUACCAUGUGUCUACACAGCCCAUUGAAAAUUUAAAGUGUUUAACAAAUGAAGUGAGAUUUCCAUCUGAUUAUAAGCCGGGUAUCACUUUUUGGUUGUUCCAGACCAUCACAGGAGUAACCGGCGUCUUAUUAUUUAUCAUUAUGUGUAUAAUAAUAGUUUUCGCCCAUCCUACAAUAAGAAAAAAAGCCUACAAGUUCUUUUGGUUUACACAUAGUUUGUAUAUUGUAUUUUAUGUACUAUGUUUGAUACAUGGUUUAGCAAGGCUGACGGGAGCUCCGAGGUUUUGGUACUUCUUUAUCAUUCCUGGUAUAAUUUUCACACUGGAUAAGGUGGUUAGUUUAAGAACAAGGUAUAUCCCAUUAGAUGUAUUAGAAACAGAAUUGUUACCUUCAGAUGUGAUUAAAAUAAAAUUCUACAGACCUCCAAAUUUGAAGUAUUUGUCAGGCCAGUGGGUCAGAUUAGCUUGUACGGCAUUUAAUUACGAAUUUCAUUCUUUCACCCUUACAUCUGCUCCGCACGAGAACUAUUUGUCUUGUCAUAUAAAAGCUCAAGGCCCUUGGACUUGGAAGUUACGUAAUUACUUCGAUCCUUGUAACUAUAACCCUGAAGAUCAACCUAAAAUAUUACUAGAAGGUCCGUUUGGAGGAGGGAAUCAAGACUGGUACAAAUUUCAAGUUGCUGUGAUGGUAGGGGGUGGUAUUGGGGUCACCCCAUAUGCAUCCAUUCUUAAUGAUUUAGUUUUUGGAACGUCUACCAACAGAUAUUCAGGAGUAGCAUGUAAAAAAGUCUAUUUUCUAUGGAUUUGUCCUUCCCAUAAACAUUUUGAAUGGUUCAUUGAUGUAUUGAGGGACGUAGAAAAAAAGGAUGUUACAAACGUAUUAGAAAUUCAUAUUUUCAUAACACAAUUUUUCCAUAAAUUUGAUUUAAGAACUACAAUGUUAUAUAUUUGCGAAAACCACUUCCAAAGAUUAUCAAAAACUUCAAUUUUCACAGGAUUAAAAGCUGUUAAUCAUUUUGGUAGACCAGAUAUGACGUCUUUUUUGAAAUUUGUCCAAAAACGACAUAGUUAUGUAAGCAAAAUUGGUGUCUUCAGCUGUGGACCCAGACCCCUAACAAAAAGUGUGAUGUCAGCUUGUGAUGAGGUGAACACAGCUAGAAAACUUCCUUAUUUCAUUCACCAUUUUGAAAAUUUUGGAUAACUUGUGCAUUACUUAAUUUGUAAAUAAUGUGUAUGAGUGAAUUAUUUUAUUUAUUCAAUAAAUUAUUUUUAUGUAAAUCACUGAAAUGUUUCUUUUCUCCUUAGUUCCAAAGUCUUUAUAAUGAUUCACUAACAUAUUAACUUGGUUUGCAAUUAUUCACAUCUUGACUUUCAGGUUCAACAUUUUUAAUUUCAUUGUACAAAGCCUUUUCAAAAUCCAACAGUUGUUUAGGUUUUUGGUAAACGAUAAUUAGUGUAUUAAAUUUAUGAGUGAAGGAUACAUUGGCUUGCUCUAGCAUAAUAUUUAAUCUCUGCAAAUCGGGAAUGGGUAAUUUUUUAAAAUAUUUUUUGUUAGUUGUUCUAACUACAAGGCAGUGUUCAUCAGUAUUUGCUGUUACGGUGUACGUUUCUACUGGAUAUGGUAAAUUUCGGAUUCUCCAUUCUAAAUUAAUCCUUGUAUUUCUUCUAGAUACUAUUGGCUGUCCAGUACUUUCCUUAAUGACCUCAUCUCCUUUACUGUUGUAAGUAGGCUCGGGAUCUCCAAUUUCAAUAUCCCAUUUAUCGUCAUCGGCAAAUUUGCCCAUACAUUUCCAUGCUCUUCUAGUUAAAACAUCAGUGUCCAAAUUGUAUUCUUCAACCAUUUGCUGUCCAUUCUCUAGUUCGUAAUGAAUUUUUUUCAAAUUUUUGUCUUUUAAACAAGACUUUUUGGCGUUUUUCAACUGUGUAAACCAGUCAGUCAUCUCUGUUCGCAUAAAUAAGCAAACAAGUUUUAUCAAUAUUAUAACUUUGCUCCUUUUUGAAUGUUUUUAUUUUGAAAGAAUUGUCUGUCAAAGUCAAAUUUAUCUGUCAAAUUUCGGGGCUACCAACAAUAAUAAAAAGCAACAGCGAUACGCCCUCUGGGGGUACAUUUUAUAAUAAAUGUAAGUUGACAACAAAUCUGUCUAUUUUUUAAAGUCAAAAAUAU